GAACAAUGACGUCAGUGAAGAAAGUAGACAAGACAAAGAAGAAAAUAAAGCGAGCAGCCAGGACAAAAACUGAAGAAAUAGGAAAAAGGAGAAAAAGUGUCUGAUAAUACGCUUCCCCAGUGGUGGUGGCAUGUUGGAAAUGGAGAGACCGUGGGAUGUUGACGAAAUUAAAGAAAUAGUGGGUGAUGUCACUGACCCAGCAAAAGAUGCUGUAAAGUUCGAAGAAUAGCUAAGAGCAAAUAUCUCCAUGUACAACCCCACUACCAGAGAAACUGAAGAAAUACUCUGCUGCUGCUUGAAAUGGAAAUGGAAGGACUAUAAACACAUGUGGAACCGUGAUGUACUAGCGGCUGGAUGCAGUGUUUACCGCUAUAAAGGCUGCUUUCCCUAAACACACAGACUGGCAGAAAAUCCAUUCCACUAAACAGGGAACUGACGAAACAUUGAGUGACUACAUGGAAUGAAUGGAGCCAGUCUUCCUCCAACACUCAGGCCUGACGCCUGACCAAGACUCCUACAACAGCCUAUUGUGCCAUGCUGUGGUAACCGGCCUGAGACAAGAUUUUAAGACGGCUGUAACGGCAACUCGUAUCGCAUGGGAAACUAAACCACUGUCUGAAGUAAAGCCAUAUAUAACCCAUGAGGAAAGACAGUUGAAUGAAAAUGAAACUAAGGACGGAAAGACACUGAAGAAGGCACAGCUGAUAUACUACUCUGGAGGAGGAAGAGGACGUUGAAGAAAUGGUGGUAACCGUGGAAACCGAAGAGGCAGAGGUAGAGGCCGAGGGGCCCCUGCUGGAGCUGACAGAGGGAGAGACUGGAGCUGAUACAACUGUGGGAAGUUAGGGCAUUUCUCAAGAAACUGUCCUGAAGGAGGAGAACAACAAAACGAUUGGCCUUCCCCAGCUGUUGGCGUACAGGUGGACAACCCAUUUGGAAGACGAGGGGGCUACCAAACAUAGGAUGAGGUUUAAACAGAAUAAGAAACUAAUGAAGAAAACAUUGAUGAAGAACCAAAAGAAACCUGUCAAAUGUUAAAAUGGACCACCUUGUCAACCCAAAACCCCCUUAUUGACAUUUUAGUUAAUAAUUAUAAAAUUAUAUUUUUGGUGGACACUGGGGGCCGUGGUCUCAGUGUUGAAAAUGUAUGCCCUAUCUGUUUCCCCUCAAAGAAAACAAUACACACGGUUGGAGCAUCUGGAAUUCCCUCUGAAGAAAGUUUGACCUUUCCCCAGGAUUGUAUUUAUAGGAGAAAAGAUGGAGGCGUCUUUGCUAAAUCUAGCAGAUGGAGCUGAACACUGUUUGAACCCAGGUGAUUUCAUGGUGGUGAAAGACUUCAGGAGAAAUAGUUGGAAGGACCCCCGUGGAGAGGCCCGUACCAAGUUCUUCUGACCACCCCCCACUGGGUGAAGGUUGCUGAGAGAGAUACCUGGACCCACCUGUCGCACUGCAGACGAGUUCCUGAUCCAGAAGACGAUGGGGCCUGGCCAGUUCCGGUGGUGCAGUGUGGCCCUCCUCUGUAUUUGCACAGUAGUGCUAAUAAGAACUGUAGGUUGUCCUCUUGUUGGAGAUCUGACAGAGGAUGAGAAAAGUCCCGAGCCAAAGGGGCCAACGCAGUCCCGGAGUAGUGGCCCAGAAGUAGAUGGUAAUGACAGAAGGUGUCCUGAGCCAAAGGAACGAACGCAGGUCUGGAGUAGUGGCCCAGAAGUAGAUGGUAAUGACAGAAGGAGUCCUGAGCCAAAGGGGCCACUGCAGGCCUGGAGUAGUGGCCCAGAAGUAGAUGGUAAUGACAGAAGGUGUCCUGAGCCAAAGGAACCAACGCAGGCCUGGAGUAGUGGCCCAGAAGUAGAUGGUAAUGACAGAAGGAGUCCUGAGCCAAAGGGGCCAACGCAGGCCUGGAGUAGUGGCCCAGAAGUAGAUGGUAAUGACAGAAGGAGUCCUGAGCCAAAGGGGCCACCGCAGGCUUGGAGUAGUGGCCCAGAAGUAGAUGGUCAUUGUAGAAGGAGAACCCUGCUGGGCCCUCACAACCAUAAGGACAAUUUGUUCUUUUCUAGAGCAGAAAUGGUUGCCGACCAGACAUCCAAAGAAAAGGACUGUUGGGUGUGUGGGAUGGGUCCGGUUAAGGUAGGGGCAGGCUUGCCCCUUAUAGGAGUCCCAAUAGGGAUGAACUUUACUAUAGCAUUGGCAGGAAAAAUUCCUUUUAAUACUAUGACAAGCAAUGUUAAGGUAUAUAAUCAACCCAAUGUAUCCUAUUACCUGAGGCCUGGUAAUGUCUCACUCCCGCCCAUUUCAGUGGCUGGGGUGAUGACUGCCCCUUGGUGUAUUAGAGGAUAUGGAGAUCACGAUUUGGGUGAAUUGAAAUGUAAUUGUACUAUGAAUCUCAAUGGAUCAAAUGCUUGCAAUUUAACAGUGAUACAGGAGAAUGGUCAGGCCGAUAAGGAACCGUUUAAAAUGUGGGUUGACAAACAUAGCACAACUCUGAAAGGAGCCCCGAAUGGCACCUAUUGGCUAUGUGGUAAGAUGGCUUACUAUAGCCUUCCCUCGAACUGGGGAGGUACUUGUACUGUUGGGUUUUUGGUGACAGCUAUGAGAACCGUUCCAGAUAACGAAAAGGAUCUGAAGGCUCUGUUUAGAGACUACAAACUUCCUGGAAUGAGGAGAGAUAAGAGGUCUCUAGCUGACGUCACUCACACUCAGGCACCAGCCUCCAGGUUCUUUGGGGUGUUUUUUUCUGGGUAUGGAGUUGCAUGUGCCCUAGACCAAAUGCGUGACAUCUCUAGACACAUAGAGAAAUUUGGCAACGCUACUAGAAAUGCCCUGGAACAAUUGAAUGGGGAACUAAAAGAAUUGCUUAAGUUAGCUCUGCAAAACAGAGAGGCUCUUGACUAUAUUCUGGAAGGUCAAGGGGGCACUUGUGCAGUCAUUGAUGAUGAAUGUUGUACUUUUGUACUCCAAGAUCACUCUUCUAAUGUGACUGAUCUUCCAGAAAACAUUGCCACUGUUGCUGAGAAUAAUUCCCCAAAACCAGAGUGGACGCUUGCAACUUGGUUGGAAUCCCUGUUUGGAAGUUGGGGAUCCCAAAUUGCCCAAUGGGCUGCAGCAUGCAUUUUUUGCUUAGCUUGCUAUGUUGUGUUAUUAACAUGCUAUAAGGCUAUCAGUGUCUCCAGGGCUAAUAAGAUCUCAGCAGCUGUCAUGUGUUUUCUUUUUUUUGUUUUGUUCCAUCAACUUUGAAAUGCAAGAGAAAGGCCACAAUAUAAUAUUGCAGUUUAGGCGCAGUUUAGAUUUUGGCCGCUAGAUGGCAGAAGUGUUUUUGCAAAGUUUCAGAUUGAUCCAGUGAAGCAUUGCAAUACUGGACUAUUUUGUAUCAAGUCUGCCCAAAUGUGCCGAAUUGGUCAAUUGAUACAUUUUCAAGUACAUAACUAUAGAGAACAUAGAAAAAUGAUAUGGUGAUACAAAAUGUACGUUUACACACUCCCAGAAAUGUCAUAAAUGAUGGAUCAUUAGCUUAUACACUAACUUUCACACAUCUAGAU